CACGGUAGUCUGACACGAACAAUCAUGGCGGACGACUCAUCGAAACUCCGGGAACAAAUAGCGUAUCUCACUGAUCUUAUUAAGUCUCAUAAAAAGAUACCUUCUCCAGCAAGUAUCUCUGGAGUUCAUCCUCAUACAGUCAAUAACAAAAACAGAUCAUUUUCUUGGCAAAAAGAAACACAGAAGAGAAAAGCAACCAAACAACAGAUUUUACAUCCACCAUUGAACCAGGUGAAAGGACAAACAGGGACAGUUCACUCCUCAUAUAGUCUAGAUCGGAGGAAAUUGAACACUAAAAGUUCAGGUCAUGAUACUGCAAAGACAAAGAUAAAUAUUCCAUUCACUUCAGGGUCAUCUGGAUAUUCACAGACUAUGAAUGACAAUAAAUCAAUUCUUGAGAGUAAAACAGCCCUAAAACAAAAUGACAGAAAGGCAGAAAUACCAGUUCCAAAGAUGGAACAGGCACAAAAAUCUCACUUAUUAUCGUUACAACCAAGUCAUACCUUGACAGCAAAGAACCCUUAUGUUUUGAAUAAAAAAGAGAUCCCUCAUUUGUCUGGUGUUAAAACUGUUGCGCAGAAAUCAGCCUUGAAAUGGAAAAAACCCAGUGCCACAUGUACCUCAGGUUUGUCAUCUGAUAAAAGUAAAAGUCAUUCUGACUCAGAACUACACAGGAAGAAAUCACAAUUACUACGGGCAGAAAUAUCAUUAGGGAUGCCUUCUACUAAAGUGAAAUCACCAUCAGUGGUUCCUCCCAAAGCACCAUCCACAUCUGGAGCACACGGAUCUUUUAAAUGGUCAAAAUCAAAGCCAUCCACAUCCAGUAAAUUAGAGAAAAGUGGAAAAAAAUCAAAGCCCUCAAGAUCCAAGCUCAAAUGGACAAAACUAGGAGCUCAAUGUGAGGCCAAGAAACAACUGAAUCCUUAUGUGCUAAGAAGAGAGAGUUCAGGAGGUAGUAGUCCUGAACAGAGGCAGAGAUUGAUAUCAAACAAAGCUGAGAAACUGAAAAAACAACCACAUUAUUCAACGAAAUAUCAGGCAGAUUCUGUUACAAGUAAAAAGGUUUUGUCACAAAAAUCUGCUGCUGGGUUCAUUGACAGAAGGCAAAGAACAACUCAAGGAGAGAGUCCUGUUGUUACAAGAUACAGUGUUGUGAGGUCAAAGAGGAAACAAGCUCCAAUUAAAGCCCAGAAAUUGAAUAAAGUGGUAGUAAUUGGAGGUGUUCCCUAUAAGACAUCAUCCAAUAAACUAACCAAAGCCAAGACAUCUUCAGCUGAGAAGGAAAUUGGUAAAGGCGGGAAAAAAGUUGGUAAGUUAACGAAAACGAUCAUAAUUCAAGGUGAGAAGUUUGUGUCAGACUCAAAAGGCAAGACUCUUCAGAGAAUCAAUAAAGCUCCCAGACGAGCUUCUUUGAAGGAAUCAGGUUCUUCGAAACUACGUCAGACGCUCAUGAGUAGAAGGCGGUCAAGUAACGGCCGCAUGGUUGUAUUGCGAACGCCAACCACACUGAUCAAAAGUAAACUGAACAACACUCCAAGCAAGGCUCUUGCUAGUCGCGUAUUACGGCGAAGUAUUCACAAUGCCAGGGUAUAUAGUAAAAACAGGAGUAAACCCGUGUCGGAGCAGUACUGCAUGUUCUACAACAGAUUCGGAAAAUGCCACAAGAGGGACACUUGUCCAUACAUUCACGACCCAUCUAAAGUUGCGGUUUGCACAAAGUUUCUUCGUGGUCGAUGUAAAAACUUGGAUGGAUCUUGUCCGUUCUCUCAUAAGAUUGACCCAACUAAGAUGCCAGUUUGUCAAUUCUUCCUCCGCGGAAAAUGUUCAAACGACAAUUGCCCGUAUUCCCACGUUAACGUCAGCAAGAAGGCAAAAGUAUGCGAAGAUUUCCUCAAGGGAUUCUGUGCUCGAGGACAACAAUGCGACAAAAAGCACAUCCUAGAAUGUGAAGAAUUCUCACGGACAGGCAAGUGUUCCAAAGGCUCAAAUUGCAAGCUUAUGCACAAGGCUAGAAAACCUGCAGCAGCCCGGAAACGAAAGUCCAGCUCUAAUGAGGGACAUGGGACCUCAAAACUCCCUAAACAAGAUUUUACUAGCGACGAAGGAUUCCUUCCUCUGUUAGCUGGCGCCUCAGAUCCAGAGCACAUUUCUGCGCAGGAUUCAUUGGGGAAUUCUCAAGGAGAGGCUAAAGAAAUGACGGCUGAACCAGUGGUAAUUCGCCCGAGGUUCCUGAAGCCCAGAGAUGCAGAGAAAGUCCAGACACCAGAACGUACUUCUCCAGAAUAGGUAGGCUUGGUUACAAGAGGUUCUCGUUUGAUCCUCCUUGUCUCUGGGCCUCUGAAGUAUGAAGUUUAUUAAUACAUGGUCAGGGCUCUUUUUUUUUCGACCGAGUGGGUUAGUUUUUUUUUUUAUUCUGCCUGUGAUUGAGUGUAUGGUGUGUUUGCAUAACUCACAUCACAGUUAUUUUAGCUGACUGGAUAGAAAAGCUGGCAAUAAUUAACCUCCCCCCCUCCCCUCCUCAAUAACGAUAUCAUAAUGAUACGGGAAAUGCAUAUGUUUUGCAGUGUUCAGUAGGAUUUUUUUUUGUUCAAUAAAAAGUUGGUGUCACUGUACAUUUACACAUUUUUUACUCCCGCUUUCCUCCAGUUUUAGGGGAUGGUCCCUUUUUUGAAGCCAUUUAUCUUUUGUGUCAUUUGGUCUGCUUCGUUUACGUUUAGAAUCAUUUAGUUGUUUGUUUUUCUUCUGGGGCAAUUCGUAGUGGGAACGUCGCGACUGCAUCUUUCCCACAUAGUACUGUUAAGUAGAGAAGUCUGUAUACAGAAUAGAUAAAGUUUAUAACAGCUGGACUGUAAAGAAAAUAUUUAAAAUUUGACAACAUCAUACGCAGAGAUCAGAUGGAAACCAUCGUAAUAAAAGAAGAAAAGACUUUGAA